UAAGUAAGCUUCAAGGAGGUGGCAAAUAAAAGCUCUUGUCUCCAUCUGAUUCUGGCACUAAGAAGUGGCUGUGAAGCAUGAGUGAGUCUAAGGAAAUGGAGAAGAAGCAGCUUGGCCCUUUGGAUGAAGAACUGCUGACAUCCAGCCACACCAGGUACUCCAUCAAAGGCUGUGGCUUCCAACCAAAUUCUGGACUCAGUAGCUUCACAGGGUAUCUGGUCCACAGCCAUGUCCCCUUGGCACUGCAGGUGCUCUUCCUCACUGUAUUCUCUGUGGUGCUGGUUGUCAUCCUUGUCAAAGUCUGCAGGAUCCCAAGUUCUCAGGGACAGGAGGAGUCGAAUCAGAAGAGUGUCUACGAGGAACUGACCCAGUUGAAGGCUGGGGUAGAUCGCCUGUGUCGUUCCUGCCCCUGGGACUGGACGCCCUUCCAAGGAAGCUGCUACUUUUUCUCUGUGGCCCAGAAGUCCUGGAAUGAUUCUGCCACUGCCUGCCACAACAUGGGGGCUCAACUCGUGGUCAUCAAGAGUGAUGAAGAGCAGAACUUUCUACAACAAGCUUCUAAGAAGAGAGGCUACACUUGGAUGGGGCUCAUUGACAUAAACAAGGAAUCUGCAUGGCACUGGAUAGAUGGCUCACCUCUGACCCUCAGUUUCAUGAAGUAUUGGAAUAAAGGGGAACCGAACAACCUGGGAGAGGAAGACUGUGCAGAGUUCAGAGAUGAUGGCUGGAAUGACAGCAAAUGUAACAACAAGAAAUUCUGGAUCUGCAAAAAGCUUGAAACUUCCUGCCCUAGCAAGUGAUAGACAACUCCCUUCACUACCCCCACAGUCCCAAAACCCUGCCAGAUGGCAGAACUUCACCCAUAGCUAUGCCAGUUGAUUCUACUUUUCUGUGGCCAUUGAUACUUUGACAAGAUCUGUAAGACUUUUCUCUGGCAGGUAGCUUGUCUCCUGUGUUGCUCUUGGUCCAGCUUGUCUCCUGGAUGAUUGCUGUAUAGUCUUCUGAUGUCUGCAGGCUCUUUGGGUUAGUCGCUGUGCUUCUGAUCCACCUUUGCCAUUUAAUGAAGUGAACAGACAUGAAGUGCAUACAGGUCCUUAAAUGGGCUCCUUUCAUCUCCUUUCUGAAUUCAGACCAUGUAUUGCCAUGUGCAAUUGAUGACACACCCUAUGUGGCUUCAUAGCAUUUAUGAGUACUUUACUCCCGCCUACUAAAUUUUCAUUCAUCUACCCUGCACGUCUUUCUGUGGGACCCUUCUUUGAUUUCAGGAGCUCAAUCUGUAGGCUAAAAGCACAAGAGAACCAAUUCCUCAUCUAAAAUAAUCUAAAAUUAUUGUGUUAAUUCCCUGGCUCCAUCUCCACUCCUUAGUGGACAUGGUGGGCCUCAAUGUUAUAGACCUUGAGAUUGACCUCCCAAAUUUUUUUUGGAGGAUUUAUAAUUUUUAUUGAAUUUACUCAUUGACAAUUUUAUACAUAUGUAUGUAUAAAUAUAAGUAUAAAUAAACAUUCUGUUUAUUGCCAUCCUUCA